AUGGCUGGCAAAGGACCAUUGCUUGUGUUCGUGGCAGCGCCAGCUGCGGGUCAUGUCAACCCGCUGCUGCGGGUUGCUUCUACCCUGAUCAAGCAAGGCUUCGAGGCUCUGUUCCUUUCUUCGCCCGAGUUCCAAGAUCAGAUCACGCGAGCCGGCGCCGAAUGGUCUCCGCUGGAGCCUUUCGAUUUUUCAUGUUUCAGUCCUGCUGUAAUUGCUGCGCUUAAUGUGAAGAUGCCAUGCCAACUGAUGGCACACGCCUUCGAGCAUAUAUUUGUCGCUAGCAUUCCUAGGCACACGCAACAACUCCGGAAGGCCCUCGAGAUGCUUCACCGCCGAGACCCCGCGAGGCAAGUUCUGGUGAUACAUGAGUUUGGAGCCAUGGCAGUACAUUCCUUUUAUUUCGGAUCACCCUUGCCAGAGGGCUAUACAUCCUUUCCCAAGACCAUCUGUCUCGGUAUAAACCCGAUUCUAUUCGACAGUGAGGUUACAGGUUACGCUGGACCCGGCCUGCCUUUCGAUGACACGCCGACAGGGCGGGCCAGGAACAAGUACAUCCUGGAACUUGUCCACAAUUUCGCGUACCGGGCACUGGGCGACGCUCACAUCCAGCGCCUCAAGGAGACAGGCUGCACCAGCUGGCCCGAAAACUUCCGCCUCGACGACUUCUGCCUGACCUCUGAUAUCUUCCUCCAGCUUUGCGGGCCCAGCUUCGAAUAUCCGGAUCCGACUCGCAGCCCCAAGGUUCGGUUCAUCGGCACGCUGCCGCCAAAGGGAGUAAGCCCCGAUCUGGCGUACCCCUCCUGGUGGCCCGAAGUCACAGGCGCCGCCGGGGCCGGGAAGCAGGUCGUCUUUGUGGCGCAGGGGACGCUCGACCACGCGCCAGAGCGGACGCUGCUCCCGGCGAUACGAGCCCAUCAGCACCGCACUGAUGUCAUCGUCGUGGUCGCCGUCGGCCAGCGCGGCGGCAAACUUCCCGACGACUUCCCCGUCCCGGUGAACACACAUGUCUUGGACUACUUCCCAUACGACGCCGUGCUGCCCUACGCGGACGUGUUCAUCUUCAACGCCGGCUACGGCGGCGCGAGCCAUGCGGUCGGCAACGGGGUGCCGAUGGUGGUGCUCGGCGAGCUGGGCCAGGAGAAGGCCGAGGUCGCGGCUCGCAUCGAGUACUCUGGCCUCGGCCUGGUGAUCCGCACUCCCGAGCCGGUGGUGGAGGAAGUCAAAGAUGCUGUGGAGAGAGUGCUCGGGGAUGAGAAAUUCAAGAAGAAGGCACUCGAGCUGCAGAAGGAGUCGAGGGAGCUGGAUCCAAUGGCACAGAUCGAGAGGCAGAUCGAGGAGUUCACCGUGUAG